AGGAAAGAAGGAAGCUGAGUUAAUUAAUUAAUCUUUGCUCAAUUCUUUCUCUGUAUAUUUUUUCCACAUUCUCUUCGAUUUGUCUGCUCUAGAGAGAGAGAAUCAGCGUUUGCUUCGCUUGCUAGAGAGAGAGAAUGGAGAGAAGCACUCCGGUGAGAAAGCCACACACAUCAACCGCAGAUCUACUUACUUGGUCGGAGGUUCCGCCGCAGGAUUCUCCUUCCUCCGCUUCUCGCUCCGCCGUUCGUUCCCACCAGCCGUCUGAUGGGAUUAGCAAAGUGGUGUUUGGGGGUCAAGUGACCGAUGAAGAAGUUGAGAGCUUGAACAGAAGGAAACCUUGCUCAGAACAUAAAAUGAAGGAGAUCACUGGUAGCGGCAUCUUUUCUCGUAACCAAGAAGAUGAUGCAUCAGAGCCAUUACCGGUUUAUCAGCAAACACUUAGUGGUAUAAGCCAUAUAUCAUUUGGUGAAGAGGAUGAUCUUUCUCCCAAAAAGCCUGCUACUUUACCUGAAGUGGCCAAACAGCGAGAGCUCAGUGGGACUAUGGAGAACGAUUCUGCUUCUAAGCUGAAGAAGCAAUUGUCUGAUGCUAAAUACAAAGAGAUCAGUGGGCAGAACAUCUUUGCACCCCCUCCUGAGAUCAAACCUCGCUCUGGAACAAAUCGUGCUUUGGCUCUUAAGGACAAUUUCAACAUCGGAGCUGAAUCACAAUCUGCUGAAGAAGACUCAUCUGUGAAGACAGCAAAGAAGAUUUAUGACAAGAAAUUCGCAGAACUGUCAGGGAACAACAUAUUCAAGGGAGAUGCGGCCUCAUCCUCUGUCGAAAAGCAUCUGAGUCAAGCGAAGCUAAAGGAGAUAGGAGGAAACAACAUAUUUUCUGAUGGGAAGGUGGAGGCAAGAGACUAUCUAGGUGGUGUCCGUAAACCACCGGGUGGUGAGACAAGCAUCGCCCUUGUUUGAGACCCUCUUUUCCAGUAACAACUUAACUCUUUAAAAAAAGGUGUGUGUCCUUGUGGUGUCCCGUACACUUCAGCUCAAAGUGUGAUUUGUAUUUUGCAGUUACGGUGGUGUUAUUAAUAUUAUUAUUCAGUUGUGUUUUUAAGCCGCUAGGGUUUCUAAUGUAUCUUCCUGUAAUAGUUAUAACAAGUUCGGGGCUGUAAUCUGUUGGGAGAUUAUUAGCAUUGCUACGAAACAGUGGAUAUUUGCUUGGGUCA